UUAAUGGCCUCUGUAUUAUCAGAGGCUGCAUUAAUAGAGGGAUAGAGUCAAGAUCACACGAAGGCAGGCAGAGCGCGGACGCUAAGAAAUCACAGAAGAAGAGAGUCGGAAGGGACCUUGGAGGUCGUCUAGUCCAACCCCCUGGUCGUUAAGUGAUGCCUGGGGUCAAACCACUGGAUGGGAUGGACAAAGGGAGGGGACGCUUGGUGGAAACCCAGGCUGGCGCGCGCGCGCGCUAAGCGGAAACCCUCGCAGCUCUUCCCGGCGCUCUGGCUCCUCUCCAGACCCAGCUGGGUGCGCUGCCCGGGCUCGCCUGCCGCAGAACUUCCACGGUUGCACCGCCCGUCCUCGCCUUGCGCCGCCCUAGAAGCCGGAGGCGGCCACUCAGACCCGCCUUGCCGAGCCGGAAGACCCCUCCCCCGGCCGGGCAAUCGAGGAAGUGGCGCGCCUCCUUCCUCCUCCUCCUCCUCCUCUCCUCCUCCGGGUUUGGCUCCGUUUCCCCAGCGCGCAGGCAGCGCCACCGGUUUUGGUCCCUUGCCAAGCCCCCAGAGGGCGAAGGCGCGCUCACGCUCCCUGCAAGCCGCCCCAGAUGGAGGGCGCGUGGGGAGCGAGGCCCCGAACCAUUCUCUUCUGAGCUGUGAUGUAUAGCCUGGUGCUUUGAAGAUGGAUACACUGGUCUGGCUUUGCAGACAAUGUUUCCGAUAUUAGAUGUCUUGGACUGUCAAGCACCAAGAAUGUAUUGGUGUGUCGGGAGAGAGGAAUCUGCAGAAAAUGGCGAGAAUCCCAGAGUGGAGCAAGAAGGAUUCUCAAUUGGUGGCAGCAGAAAGCUGAAACAGCACAUUUGGUUGCAUGAACAUGAAGUCAAGGGUAUCACAGAAACGCUGGACAUGGGUGGCCAACAAUCCACAACAGAGUUUUUCUCCCCUGACCAGACCUCUGGGGACGAGACCAUUCAGAGUCUGUACCGAAGUGGAGACUUUGAGGCUGCUCUACAGCUGGUCCAAGCGGCCAGCCGGAGGAAUCUCUCUCAAGAGGAGAAGGCACACCUCUUGAGCCUUUCCACCACCCAUGGGGACCUGCAGGCAGUGAGAUACUUAUUAAAGGAGGCAGGUGUGACUGUAAGCCUUGAACCCAGCGAGGACAACCCAGCGGUGAUAGCUGCGUAUUUUGGACAUAAGGACAUAGCGCAAGAAUUGCUGGAUUCUUUUCUUGGUGCCACAAACAUCUCACAACUGCUGAAUUGGAUGCUGGUAGUGGCUUGCCAGCAAGGACAUCUAGAGGUGGUUAAGCUCUUAGUGCUGGCCUACAGAGCCGAUCCUGACAGCUAUGCCAUGAGAAAGAAUGAAUUUCCAGUCCUCCUUCGGUUGCCACUUUAUGCUGCAAUGCAGGCAGGCCAUGAUGAUGUCGCUGCCUUUUUGCUGGAGAAUGGUUCAUUCUUUUGUUCCUACACCCUAAUGGAUUGUCCCAAGGCGAGCAAACGCCUUCUUUGCAAAUAUUUCAUUGAACCAGUUCCUUCAUCCAGGAAUGUCCAAGCAAAACCAGGUCUUUCUGUGAACUGGUCAAGGCUCAGAUUGCCUUGGGUGGAUUUUGACUGGCUGAUCGACCUUUCCCACCAAAUAACGGAGCUGGACCUGUCCGCUAAUCACCUGACCUCUCUUCCAUCCAUCAUCCCUUGGGGUCUGAUGAACCUUCAGAAACUGAACCUGUCUGACAACCGAUUAAAACAAUUGCUUGAUGUGAAGUCCUCGGAGGGAAUCAUCUGCACGAAGUUACUCGAGAUUGACAUAUCUAACAACAGAUUCCUCACCCUGCCUUCUGGUUUAUUGCACCUUUCUAGACUCCAAAGACUUGUUGCUGCCAAAAAUUAUUUGGAAAAACUAUUUGAUGAGGAGAAUGCAACCAACUGGAUUGGAUUAAGAAAAUUGCGGGAAUUAGAUGUCUCAGACAACAGAUUAUCGGAGCUGCCUGCUUCCUUUCUGCAUUGCUUGAAAUCAUUGCAUAGCCUCAAUGGAUCUAGCAAUAACUUAAAAGUGUUUCCUCAACCAUGGGCCUGUCCUUUGAAAUCUUGCAAAGUAGCUAGAAAUAUGUUGGACUCCCUACCUGAUACUUUGGCAGUGUUUUGGAAAAACCAUCUCAAGGAAGUAGAUUUUUCCGACAAUUCACUGAAAGAUCUUCCCCAGAGUCUCUUCCAGCUUGAAGCUGUAGUCUCCCUGAAACUGUCUGGAAACCAGAUCGUCAUGCUGCCUUCUCCAGAGAAAUGGUCUUGCAGAUUGUUGAAAUCUUUGGAUCUGUCCAAGAAUCAGCUUGGAAAAACUGAGGAAGGGGCCAAAACGAAAUGGAUGCCAUUAUUCACUACAAGGAACAGAACUUGCAUCGGCAGCGAGAUAGAAUAUACCCUACAGUUCCCUGAAUUCCUGGCGGAUGUGCUGGAGGUCCUCUAUCUGAAUGACAACCAACUAGAUUCCGUCCCUCAGUCUGUCUGUCUCCUGAAAGGACUGUCAGAACUCUACUUAGGAAAUAACCCAGGCAUUCAAGAGCUUCCUACUGAACUUGGACAACUGGUUAAUCUUUGGCAGCUGGAUAUUGAGGAUCUAAACAUUGGCAAUAUUCCAACGGAGAUCAGAAAAGAGGGACCCAAGACCAUUUUAGCCUAUUUACGUGCCCAGCUACGCAAAGCAGAAAAAAGUAAUGUGAUGAAAAUGGUGGUGGUAGGUCCUCCACGACAGGGAAAAUCCACCUUGGUUGAGAUCCUGCAGACGGGGAAACCUUCUCUUUCAAUGCCUGACAAUGCCACCAUCUGGACCACAAGAUGGGAACUCCAGAGACCUGCUGGAUUCAAAUCCAAGGUUGACGCUGUUGAGUUUAACGUCUGGGAUAUUGGAGGCCCCGCCAGCAUGUCAACAGUCAACCAAUGCUUCUUCACAGAUAAGGCAUUGUACAUUGUCAUCUGGAACUUGGCACUGGGAGAAGAAGCUGUGGCGAAUCUUCAGUUCUGGCUACUCAGUAUUGAGGCCAAGGCUCCAAAUUCAGUUGUGCUGGUGGUAGGGACACAUCUGGACCUCAUUGAAACAAAAUUCCGUGUCGAAAGGAUUGCCACCUUAAGAGCCUAUGUCCUGGCUCUCUGUCGAUCUCCCUCAGGUUCAAGAGCCACUGGUUUUCCAGACAUCACAAUGAAGCAUUUGCAUGAGCUCUCGUGCAAAACCCUGGAAGGCCUGGAUGGGUUGCGACAACUGAUUUUCCAUAUCAGCACAAACAUGAGGGAUGUUGGAAAUUCCAUCGGCUCACAGAAGCUGGUUGGGAGAUUGGUCCCAAGGAGCUAUUUGAGCCUUCAAGUAUCCAUCACAAUAGAGCAACAGAGGAGAAACCAAAAUGAUAGUGUGCAAUACGUCACUGACAAGGAAAUACAAGGAAUCAUUGAGAAAACUCCAGCCAAUGACAUCAAGGAUUAUGAAGACAUGCAGGCUGCCAUCAAUUUCCUGAUCGAAACGGGGACGCUGAUGCAUUUCCCAGACACAAGCCAUGGGCUGAGGAACCUCUUCUUCCUUGACCCGGUGUGGUUGUCCGAAUGUCUGCAGAGAAUCUUCAACAUCAAAAGCUCAAAGUCAAUUGCCAAGAACGGCGUGAUCAAAGCUGAGGACCUUCGGAUGUUGAUGGUCGGGACGGGGUUCACCAAGGAAACCGAAGAGCAGUAUUUCCAAUUCCUGGCCAAGUUUGAAAUUGCGUUGCCGAUAGCUAACAACAGUUAUCUCCUGCCCCACCUGCUUCCUGCCAAGCCAGCCUUUGAUGUUCACGGCUUACGCCACCAGACAACAAACAGCAUCCAAAGAGUUUUCAAGAUGAGCUUUGUCCCUGUUGGGUUUUGGCAACGGUUUAUAGCCCGGAUGCUGAUCAGUCUUGCAGAGAUGGAUCUUCAGUUCUUUGAAAACAAGAGGGUGACCAAGAACCGAAAUAAAAGCUCUGUAAUCUACAGCUUUACAGGCAUACAGAGAAACAGAUGUAGCACAUUCCGGGUUAAAAGAAAUCACACAAUUUAUUGGCAAGAAGGACUGUUUGUCUCCUUUGAUGGAGGCUAUUUGAGCGUCGAGUCCUCUGAUGUGAAUUGGAAGAAGAAGAAAAGUGGUGGCAUUAAAGUCAUCUGCCAGUCAGAUGUGAGGGAUUUUUCAGCCAUGGCUUUCAUCACUGAUCAUGUGAAUUCUUUGAUUGAUCAAUGGUUUCCUGCCCUCACCGCCACAGAAAGUGAUGGGACUCUACUCAUGGAGCAAUAUGUACCUUGCCCCAUCUGUUCAACCACAAAGCCCCAGGAUGGAGAAGACAGCCCAAACAAAGAAGACGGACAGUACUUCAAUAUGGAAGACUGUUUUCUCACUGCCAUUGAGCAGGACCACAUCACCUGUGCCCUGCAUCCAGUUGUACCUGUCCCUUUACAGGAGUUGGUCCCUGAACUUUUCAUGACGGACUUUCCAGCCAGAUUAUUCUUGGAAAAUAGCAAACUGGAAUACGUAGAAAAUGAAAACAGUAUCCUCGGCCAAGGAGGAAGUGGAACGAUUAUAUAUCGGGCACAAUAUCAAGGAAAACCGGUAGCGGUCAAGCGUUUUCAGAUUAAAAAAUACAAGAUUUCUGCCAAUUCAGCAGGAGACACCAUGCUGAGGCAUCUACAGGCGAUGGAUGCCAUGAAGAGCUUCUCGGAGUUCCGCCAGGAGGCCAGCAUACUCCAUUCACUGCAGUACCCAUGUGUGGUCUCCUUAAUUGGGAUCAGCAUCCACCCACUCAGCUUGGCCUUAGAAUUGGCUCCUUUGGGCAGCCUCACUACUGUGCUGUCAGAAAACUCUAAAGGGGCUUCCUUUGUACCUUUGGGACCCAUGCUGACCUUCAAGGUCGCCUAUCAGAUUGCAGCAGGCCUGGCCUACCUUCACAAGAAGAAGAUCAUUUUCUGCGACUUGAAAUCUGACAACAUCCUGGUGUGGUCUUUGGACGUAAAGGAAAGCAUCAACAUCAAACUAUCCGACUAUGGGAUUUCUCGGCAGUCCUUCCACGAAGGAGCUUUGGGGGUGGAGGGCACCCCUGGCUAUCAGGCUCCAGAGAUACGACCUCGCAUUGUCUACGACGAAAAGGUGGACAUGUUUUCAUAUGGAAUGGUGUUGUAUGAGCUGCUAUCAGGGCAACGUCCCACCCUGGGACAGCAUCAGCUGCAAAUUUCAAAGAAACUCUCCAAGGGGGUUCGGCCUGUCCUGGGCCAGGCAGAGGAAGUACAGUUCCACCGGCUGCAGGCUCUCAUGAUGGAGUGUUGGGACACCAAACCUGAAAAGCGGCCCGUAGCCAUUUCGGUAAUAGGGCAAAUGAAAAGUCCUUCCUUUGCCACAUUCAUGUAUUUGUUGCCAUGUGGGAAACAGUCCUUCUUUUCUUCUGAAGGACAGGACCACACCGUGGUAUUCUGGGAUGAAAAAGAAGAUACCAGGAACUACACCGUAGUAAAUACAGAGAAAGGAUUCAUAGAGGUUUCCAAAAUGAGUUGUCCAGGAAUGAAGCUAUGCUGCCAGUUGAAACUUCAGAAUUCUCUUUGGACCGCAACAGAGGAACAGAAGAUUUAUAUAUAUAGUUUACAAGGAAUGUGUCCUCUGAAAGUUCCACAGAAAGGCGUAGACACCCCAGCUGUUGUCACCUGUUUUCUUGCAGUGCCUUUGAUGAAAAAGAACUUCUAUGUGGUCCUGGCUGGUUUAUCUGAUGGACUGAUUGCAGUUUUCCAAGUCACGAGUGGUGCCCUGGAGGACAACUGCGGUUAUCUUUGCUCCCACACAGCCAACCGCUCCUUGUUCGGUAUCAGUGAUGAUGACCCCCGCCAGAAUCCUUACCCUGUGAAAGCUAUGGAAAUGGCUAACAGCGGGGCAGAGGUCUGGUACAGCAAUGGCCCUGGUGUCCUGAUCAUAGACUGUAAAGCCAUGGAAAUCACUAGGCGACUGGAGCCUUACAGUCCGCCAUCCACCGUGGUAUCCAUUGUGUGCAGCUCAGAUUGCAAUGGGGAAGAAGUGACCUGGUGUUUAGAUGACACCACCAACUUCCUGGUGAUGUACUACACCUCUGCCUACCAGCUCUGUGCCCGAUACUUCUGUGGGGAUCGUAGCCCCCUGAGGGACAUGUUCACAAUUCAGCAACCGUCAACCUUGAUCCCUACAACACUAACUGCAACCAGGGAUGUGGCUCCUGAAAGCACCUCUUUGGCCAAUGUGAGCAUCCUUCAGAGUCAGGAGCUUGGCACUCAAAUACUAAAUCAUCAGGACUCCCUGACAGAUUACUGCUCUGUGUCCUCCUACUCGCCAUCAUCUCCCAACAGGAUGCUGAGAUCUUCCUCAAGUCUCCCAAGCUCACCCACAAGUUCCUCCAGCACACCUUUCUUGACUGAUUAUGAAGAGCUCAACAAGCUUCAGGAGCCCAAACUUCCUUCUGAGAAAUCUGAAACAUGUCUCCAAGCUGUGCGGAUCCUACCUGUAAAAGAUCUCUUGUGGAUUCCCAGGCAAGGUGGUGAUAUCAUUGUGAUUGGCCUGGAGAAGGAAGCCAUUGCUCAGCGGGGGAGAGUCAUCGCUGUGCUGAAGGCUGUUGAGCUGGCCUCUUAUGGGUCACUGGUUGAUGCUGCUGUUCUGGCCAAAGACAGGGUUGUGUGUUGCUUCAGAAAUGAGUCGAUGGAAUGGUGCUUGGCUCUCUGGAGGAGUUGGGGAGCCAAAGACUUUGACCUUUUCUACCAAUCACAUGAAGAAUUAGGGAGACUUGAAAUUUGCCUGCGCAAGAGAAGGUAGUGGCAACCAUCAGAAAACUGACACCCUUUGAUGUCUUGAAAAUACCCAAACUUUUCUAAAGAGGGAGUGGUUGCUCCCCGGUUCUGCUGCUAAAGGAAAAUAAGGUGGGCUUGUUCCCCUUCAUGCAUUUGGAUUCCCAGCCACUAUCAAACAAAUGUCCACAACGUCUUCCAAUCAGACGCACGUCUCUGCAGGCUCUCUGCAGUGCUCUUUUGUGUUGUAGCCUGUUGCCAAACACAACACUUUAGACAUGUUGUCUUCUAGGACAGAAUAUGACUGACAAUUGCAUUUCAGCUUUCACUCUGGUGAUAGACCGCAGGAGAAGACACGGAGAACUGGAGUCCAAUUAGGGUUAUAAAUUGUGUCUGUAGAAAUUCUCCAGCUGACAGUAUGAAAAGAACUAAACUGAGCUUGUAUGAAAAAUAUCUAAUUCCGGUGGAAAGGGCCUCUAUAUUUCUCACUCUUCUAUGUUAAACCCAACGUAUUUGAGAAUAUAUUUAUAUUCUGUGUUAACUCUUCCAUAUUAAACCCAAUGCACUUGAGAAUAUAAUUAUAAAACACGGAAACACUCAAUUGCAUAGAAGCAAAGUUUCCACAAAGUUUUGAGGAUGGCCCCAAAUGAAUGCAAGCUGAUUUUAAAUCUUUUAGGAAUCAGGGACUAAAUUGCGAUGGUGUUUAUUGAUUUCAGAGAUCCUUAAGCGUAGCACUUUUUAUUUGAUUACAGCCCAGUGUCUUUAGAACUCAGGCAGUUUUGUGUUCGUAUGCAUGUGCUCAGAAACAUUUGGUGAGAAACUGUUACAAAGACAUAGAGUACAAGGCAGAACUUCCUUUUUUUUUUUUUUUGUGAAGUAACCCUAAGCGUUAUUCACACUAUGUGUAUUUGCACUAACCCUUGGUAUCCUUCUCCAGACCAGAAAUACAGAGAGUUGCUGGCUUUCUACAUAUUAACGUAUUUUACAAAAUCCUCUGAAUUAUGUUUAAAGAAAUGCUAUCAGAGUUGUGUUGUGGCAAAUAUAAAAGGAACCCUUUUGUGAAUGUGUGAACAGAUGACUUUUUUAAAAAAGAAAAGAAAAGAAAAGGCAUCCUAAUUAAAAAGAAAUGUUUGUUGCAA